CGCGGCCUCCUCCGCCGUCGCUCGGGGCCGCGGCCAUGGCGGCCAGCGCGAAGCGGAAGCAGGAGGAGAAGCACCUGAAGAUGCUGCGGGACAUGACGGGCCUGCCGCACAACCGAAAGUGCUUCGACUGCGACCAGCGCGGCCCCACCUACGUGAACAUGACGGUCGGCUCGUUCGUGUGCACCUCCUGCUCCGGCAGCCUGAGAGGGUUAAAUCCACCGCACAGGGUGAAAUCUAUCUCCAUGACAACAUUUACACAACAGGAAAUUGAAUUCCUGCAAAAACAUGGAAAUGAAGUCUGUAAACAGAUUUGGCUAGGAUUGUUUGAUGAUCGAUCUUCAGCAAUUCCAGACUUCAGGGAUCCACAAAAAGUGAAAGAGUUUCUUCAAGAAAAAUAUGAAAAGAAAAGAUGGUAUGUCCCACCAGAGCAAGCCAAAGUGGUGGCCUCGGUUCACGCGUCUGUUUCAGGGUCUUCUGCCAGCAGCACCAGCAGCACCCCUGAGGUCAAGCCGCUGAGGUCUCUGCUCGGAGAUGCUGCACCAGCACUGCACUUAAACAAGGGCACACCGAGUCAGUCCCCAGUUGUAGGUCGCUCUCAAGGGCAGCAGCAGGAGAAGAAGCAGUUUGAUCUUUUGAGUGAUCUUGGCUCAGACAUCUUUGCUGCUCCAGCUCCCCAGUCAACAGCUACAGCCAAUUUUGCUAACUUUGCACAUUUCAACAGUCAUGCAGCUCAGAAUUCUGCCAGUGCAGAUUUUGCAAACUUUGAUGCGUUUGGACAGUCUAGUGGUUCCAGUCAUUUUGGAGGUUUCCCCACAGCAGGCCGCUCUUCUUCUCAGCCCCAGACUGCAGGUGGAAGUGCUGGAUCAGUAAAUGCUAAUUUUGCUCAUUUUGAUAACUUCCCCAAAUCCUCCAGUGCUGACUUUGGAACCUUCAAUACCUCCCAGAGUCAUCCAGCAGCAUCAACUGUUAGUAAAGUUUCAGCAAACAAAGCUGCCUUACAGACAGCAGACAAAUAUGCGGCACUUGCUAACUUAGACAAUAUCUUCAGUGCUGGGCAAGGUGGUGAUCAAGGGAGUGGUUUUGGGAGCACUGGUAAAGCUCCUGUUGGCUCUGUGGUUUCAGUUCCCAGUCAGUCAAGUGCAUCUUCCGACAAGUACGCAGCCCUGGCAGAGCUGGACAGCGUGUUCAGUUCUGCAGCCACCUCCAGUAAUGCGUACCCUUCCACAAGUAAUGCCAGCAGCGGUGUUUUUGGAACAGUGCCUGUGGGUGCUUCUGCCCAGACACAACCUGCUUCUUCAAGUGUGCCUGCUCCGUUCGGGGCUACGCCUUCUACAAAUCCAUUUGUUGCUGCUGCUGGUCCUUCUGUGGCAUCUUCUACAAAUCCAUUUCAGACCAAUGCCAGAGGAGCAACAGGCCUUUCUGGAGCAAUGCAUUCUCAAGUGUUCCCUCACGCUCAUUUUGCUGCGACCUUCGGCACUGCGUCCAUGAGCAUGCCUGCGGGGUUUGGCGCUCCUGCUCCCUACAGCCUCCCCACCAGCUUCAGUGGCACUUUCCAGCAGCCUGCCUUCCCAGCCCAAGCAGCUUUCCCUCAACACACAGCUUUUUCUCAACAGCCCAAUGGUGCAGGUUUUGCAACAUUUGGACAAACAAAACCGGUGGUAACCCCUUUUGGUCAAGUUGCAGCUGCUGGAGUAUCUAGUAAUCCUUUUAUGACUGGUGCGCCAACGGGACAGUUUCCAGCAGGAAGUUCAUCAACCAAUCCUUUCUUAUAGCCUUAUAUAGACACUUUACUGGAACGAACUUUAUGUGGUCAUAUUACAUCUCCGCCUCUUGCACUGUUGUCUUGUUUCACUGAUCUUAGCUUUAAACACAAGAGAAGUCUUUAAAAAGCCUGCAUUGUGUGUUAAACACCAGGUAAUAUGUGCAAAACAGAGGGCUCCAGUAACAACUUUUAACCUGUGAAUUGGCCUAACAAGGUAGCGGUAUCAUGUAUAUUAAAAAUUGGCUAAUAUUAAGUUAUCGCAGAUACCACAUUCAUUAUGCUGCAGUACUGUACAUAUUUUUCUUAGAAAUUAGCUAUUUGUGCAUAUCAGUAUUUGUAACUUUAACACAUUGUUACGUGAGAAAUGUUGCUGGGGAAAUAGAUCAGCCACUUUUAAGGUGCUGUCCUAUCUUGGAAUGAAUGACAUAAAAUCAUUUUAAACAUUGCUUCUGGAAAGUAAGUCAAAAUUGGAAGGUUUUAUUCAUUCUUGAAUUUCUCCUUUCUAAAGAGCUCUUCUAUUUAUACAUGCUAAAUUCUUUAACGAUGUAGAAGGAUACCUGUCUGCGUCAAAAAGCUGAUCAUGUUUUGCUACAGUUUGCAGGUGAAAAAAAAUAAAUAUUAGAAAAUAUGCUAUUGUUUUUGUGUUCUUGCUGCAAUGCCUUUACCAAAGUGGCCUUAAAUAAUAAGUAGUGAAUUGAGAACAUCUUGGAUUCUUUAGACUUAUAGUGACUUUUUAUAAAAAGGCCGUGUAGAAAAUUCAUUAAAACUACUAGGACUGCUAUUUUCAGGAAUAUGUCAGUGGUAAAGCAUUUAAAUGUAGCGUGUCAGAUUCACCACACUACUUCUAAUUCCUUUGCAGCUUCUUAAUUUUGUGAAAUUUGUAUAUAGGAAGAAUUUGCAUGUAUGUGUAUUUUACAAGUAUUUUUAAAGAUCUUGAAGUCUCAGACUGCAAAAGUCUAUUUUAACUAUUGAUUUUUUUUUUUCAUUUUAAUUGUCUUUGAAUGUAUUGGAAGCAGACAUGCAUUAACUGUGACAUGAUCGCACCUGAGUCCUCCCUACCCCCUUUUCUGGACAAACUUAUUAUCUGUAGGACAUUUGUUUACAUUUGUUUUUGCUGGGGGGGGGGAGAGAAACUGGAACCUAAUGUUACUUUGGAGUGAUGGAAUACUUUGUUUAAAAAGGAAAUGAUACUGUUUAGUUUCAUCUUUUUGUUAAUAUUCAAAUGAACUUGUUUAAAUAUUUAUAUGUAGUGAUUUCUCAUUUAUCCAGAGAUAAGCUGGCAAUCUCAUCAAAACUGAACACAACCUGAAAUGCUUUUAAAAAACUGCCUCUGAAUAGCAUAUGUGAGUCAUAAAAUCUUUGUGUUGGAGCAUAUGCAUUUGUUUUUAUAUGAGGUUUAGAUAACUGUUGGCUUUUUGGUUGGCAGCAUAUUCGUUGUUCAUAAGUAAUAGAAGGAAGGAGCUGAAAAGAGUGAAGAGUAUCCACUGACCAAGGCCAUGUAAUACAGGGACAAGGAGACAGCCCAAAGAGCAUAGCGUGGUGAUUCUUCCCGAUGAGCGUCUGUCACCACAAAGGGUGAAGUGAACAUACAAAAUAUGUUAUACAUGUAUGAAACGUUUUAUCUUAAGAUGAUUGACAAAAAGCUUUGGUAUUAAACGAGGUGAACAUAAGUUUCCUCAAACAUUCA